AUGGAACAAGAGAACAGCACGGAGUACGUGGAAGAAGGAGCGAGCGACACAAGGAAGGAAUAUCGCGGUGAACGCGACAUUACCGAUGCAUCGACCCGAAGCAGCAUCGAGGACCGAACACCGCGGCUGACGCUUGCCUUCGGAGACAGCAGCUCAGACAGUGACCACGAGAACGAUUGCAAACAGCGAGGCACGGGGCAAGACGGCCACGGACACGACAGCGUCGGCCAAGUUCACGACGAGCGCUGCCCCGAGACGCAAGCCCGGGGUUCGCGAGGCAGGCGUGCGCAGAACAGACACGCCUCGGACGACGAUGGAUGCGGGAGUCGUCGCGAAGACAACGGCAAGUCGCGAGAUGACGUAGACGAGGAUGACGGAGACCCGGCCGUCAGGUUUCGCGUCGCAGCUGGAGGCAGGACAGACGCGAGGCCAGCGACGACCGCAGGACGGCUGAGGAGGCAAGCCGUGGUCGCUACUAGUUCGAAGACGACAGAAGGGUCGCAACCGGAGAAGCGCACGUCUGCCAUCGACGACGCGAGCGAGGCUACGAGUCGAGCGCGUAGCGGGCCGCGUGCGAGCGAAGGACGAUGGUCUUCGAGGUCCUCGAGGAAGAAGCGGCACCUCGCGGUUCCAGGAGGCGUCAGCCGUAGGGCGAGCGCGGCGACAGAUAAUCGCGGACGGAAGCCCCGUUUCGAAGAGACCGACGUCCCACGACCGGCAUCGUCGCGAGAAGAGGGAACUCUGGCUUCGGGGCACGGCACAUCCAGCCCCGUCGACGUCUCGCCUUCUUCGUCGUUUCUGGGUCGGGCCUCGGGUCGCUCCUGGUCGACGCGCUGCAGUCCGGCCCUCUUCGUCAUCUCGGUCGUCUCGGCAGGCGUCUUCGUGUGCAUGUCUUUUCAGGUCUUCUCGGUGGUCCGCACACACGGCGCCCCCGAAGAAGACUGGGCCGUUCAGAACAGGACGAGCGAAUCGACGGCCGACCAAGCUCACCGAGCGGCGUCGGCGUCGCCCGCCGUCGCCGCGACGGCGGACGACGAGGACUUCCAGACCGCUGCAGGCACCGACGUCGAAUGACGCUGCGCGUCGUGCGAGUCGUCACCCUGAUCCCUUGCGAAACUCUUGCCGGGAUAACGUUACUCGAGUGUUUGGCGAGAUUGUGAUGUUUAGGCGAAGAUAAGGAACUCGGCUUCGCCGACGAUCGCGGUGCACUAGUGUAGUCGCGAAGUUGAGGUAAACAUAAAUGCUCAAUUUAGAUAUCGCUAA